AUGACGCCGACCCGCCACUCGCCGGCCGUGGUGGCCGCCGCGCUCCUCCUCGCCGUCCUGGCCAGCGGCCGGCGUGGCGCCGAAGCGGGGGGCGACGAGAGCGACUGCAGCGUCGCGCAGACGGCCUUCAGCGAGUGCACCGGGUACGUGGCCGGCCUGGACGAGGAGAUCCCGCCGCAGUGCUGCCAGGGGCUGAGCGACGUCAAGGACCUGGCGCCGGGCGCCGACCAGCGCCGGGACCUCUGCGCGUGCCUCCUGUCGGAGAUGCUCGCCGCCGGCAAGGUCGACUCCGGCCGCGCCGCCGGCCUCCCGUCCGCGUGCGGCCUCAGCGUCGGGUUCCUCCCCACCAGCCCCGACUUUGACUGCUCCCAGAUCCCCUGA